AGCUUAACAGCGGCUCUAUUAAAAACUGCUUGCCGGAACCCACCACUAGGUGGCAGCAAACACAAUGAAGACAGCAGAGAAAAACCCUUCCAGGAGGACAGCAUUGAGCUUUUUUUAAAUGCCAUAAUCCAGCUGUUAUUUGUUUCUUUUUUUUCUCUCCAUUUUUAUGUUUUUAUCAUCAGUAUUUGUCACUUGAUGAUGUUUCAUGUUUUUACAGUAGUGAUGGUGUGAUUCUCAUGUGUAUUUCUCUGAUUGUCAAACAAAUGCUAAAUAAUAAAGCAAACAUCUAAAAAAAAAAUUGAUGAUUUUAUCCUAAUUAUUGUUGGUAGUAGUACUGCACAUGUUGCCAUCUGUUUUGCUGCACUCAUUUUUUCUGCUGACACUGCACACAGUUCAUUUACACAUGCAGUAGAAACUACCAGCAGUGAAAGAGGGCACACUGCAUUAUGUCGCCUUCAGGAAGCCUCCCUUUAAGGAGCGAUAUUGCACCCCUCUUUGGUUUCCAUGCUGUAAAACAGCAGUUUUACACCAGUAAAGCUGGAGGCUGCUGCUGCAAAAGAAAAUAAUGCAUAAGGGUGUUUUAGUCUCUUUGCACUGCAACAAAAAUGGUGUUAAAAGCUGCAUUUACUGAAUGUAUUCACAUAUCAACCAAAGUAUUGUUUAGAUAACUUUAAACAAAAUAUGUAGUUCAUAUUAAAACUUUUCCAAAUUUGAUAUCAUUUGGCAAAAUAAUGUUUUAUCUCCAGUAGUUAUUAAAUGUUGUGUCCAUUUGUCGUCUUUGGGAUGGCCUAUUAUAUCCUCUUAUCUCAUACCUGUGUAGUGGGAAUUGCCUCUAGAUUGCACCAGUAGCUGCGAAUAAUGACUGCAGUGUCUUAUUGUCAACACCAGGGGAUCCUUGCUGAGCUUGUACAAUGCAGUCUCUCCAUCUGCUCUGCUUGCUGCACUGCCCACUUUCUCCAUCUACAUCCAGGCUGUAAGUGCAACCCAGAGACGUGCUAAAUUUCCAGCAGGACACAACACUCCCUCACAUCUUUGCAACACAACCAUGGCGACCGCAGAAUCAGUGUUUCCAGACCAAAGCGACUUUCACUAUGAUUAUGAGACACUGCGGACUACAGGGGUCAUCCUUGCUGUUGUUAUGUUUGUCUCUGGCAUUUUAAUAGCCCUGACUCAAGCUCAUCCGCUUCCCAGGUUCCAAAGACAGAAGUUCCUCCUCCAGGCGUAUAGAAAAUGUAGCACAUGCCUGAAAGGGAAGAGUGACGUCACAGGACCUUUACUGUUACUCACAAACACAUGGGCUGUUUCUUUGCUAUUGCUUUUUGACAAAUGUAGAAUACCUCUACCAUCCUGGGUCAUUCAACACAUCUUAACUUAACCUCUAUACUCUCAAUGAAUUUUCGUAAAACUCCUUAAAUAUAAAAGACUCUGUCAAAAAGAGUCUGCUAAAUGAAACCAAUGGAGCAUAUGUGGUUUGUCUUAAAUAUAUUUUAUUUCUGUUGAACAAUAAAAAUUGUCAGCAUGAUUACAAAUCAUACAUUUUUCCAGUUUGUAUCACUGUAAUUACUUAAUGUGUUGGUAAAAAGCAUGGAAAGAGUUCCCGACAUGUUGCCGUUCUGUCUUGGGCAAUCAUUUCAGAUAGCAGAUGGAGAAAAUAGCUUAACAACACAAUAAAUAGAAACAUUAAGAAUAAAAAAAAAACAAUCAUAAUCAUUCUGUAAUGCCUUAGAUGUUGAAAGAUUUCUUGCUUAAAGCUACAAAACAAAUCAGAUUAAGGCAGUGAAAAAUCAAACUGAAGUCACAAUUUUAAAUAACCUAAAGAAUUAGGCCCUUUUAAAAUAAAGAUUGAGUAUAACGGUACUUUAUAUGUUAUGAAAGUACUCCUGAAUCAGGUAGGGGCUGCUUGCAAUAUGUGGAAAGUUUAAUCUUUUGCUUUGUGCUAUUAACAAAUGUCAAAGAUGACACACAAGUGUGAGACUUAAUUUGAUUUCAUCAUCAUGUUUAAAAAAUAAAAUACCUUGAAAAACAUGUAAUCUCUUGCUGAAAGUGUAAUUUACUGUCUCAAACAGCUCUUAUAGUGGGAUGGUGUAGUUUCCACCCUGCUCAUAUCUCUCAUGCUAAAUGAAAAUGGGACUGCUGAAGAUCUGCACUCAACCAUCAAAACAAUCUGAUGGAAACAGUGUUGUACUUUUACUCGUGACUCAUAAGUAAAAUGUACAGUGAAUCAGACAGUUUGUCAUCGCACUGACUCGCCUGAUGUCUAGAUUAGAAACAAAAAUAACAUUCUUUGUCAUAAUUUCUUACAUUUUACACAGUAAAGUUUCAUUUUCCACAAAGAAAAAAAAAUUGCACCCGAUGUCACACACAAAUAUGUAUGAUGUAUAUAGCAAACAAACCAAUAAACAGGUUUUCAUUUGAAAAACAUAAGUUCUUAACAGAAGAAAGCAUAUGCUGAUACAUCUCAAAACCUCUGCUCAUAGUAUCAGUAUGAUAUCUAACCAGUGAGGGGUUUUAACCAGAGAGUCAGAGGGGUUUCAGGGACAUGGUCCCAGAGCUUUUACUCACGAUUUCACAGAAAUCAACUUUGAAUUGGGAGGUCAACCUAUUGAGGAAAUGUUACUAGCUUGAGGAGGGCACCUCUAUACCAUUUAUCAUGUGUUUAUGCAGUCUAAUAAUGUGUUUCCAAUUUUAUCAAAUAUUACACAUGCAUUUAUCAUUAUGUAGACUUAUUAAUUCAAUUUCCUAAAAAUAAAUUUGUUUUAAAGACAAAGGGCCGGAUCUAUCAAAGGUUUGCGUGUAUAAAAACGUGAGCUAUUUCACUGCGCAUGCUAAAAAAUUUACAAACU